AUGGCUGGGGGCAUCGGUGUAGUAGAAACAUGCGGUACCCAGGUGUAUAACUUGAGCUACUCGAAAUCGCUUCCAGAGUUCAUGGAGGAAGCUAUUCAGUCUCAAACCAGCUUAAGGAAGAAUAAGGAGUUUAAAGACCGGUUGGAAGUUAUUCAUGGCUUCGAAUUCUCAGCUUCCAGCGCCAGAGUACGUGUGAGCGAGGAUGGUCAGUACAUUGGGUCCGUUGGAAUGUAUCCUCCGGACAUAAAGGUGUAUGAUACUGAUGAUUUAUCCAUCAAGUUUCAGCGAAGAGUGGAUUUUGAGAUACUGGAUUUCUUGUUUCUAACAAGAGAUUACAGAAAGAUGGUGUUUCUUGAAAAUGAUCGAACUCUGGAGUUCCAUGGACAAGGAGGACGACAUCAUAGGGAGCGACUACCGACCUUUGGGAGAACGCUUGAAUAUAAUAACUGGGAUGCGGAAUUACUGGUCACGUCUGCGAGCCCUCAUGUAUACCGACUGGAUCUCAGCGAAGGGAAAUUCUUGACGCCCUUCGAAACAUGCAUGUCCGAAACUCUUUGCAGCCGCUGGAACGGCAAACAGUUAUAUGUUGGCGGGGAAGCAAGUGUGUGCGAAGUGUUCGAUCCGCGCGCAAACAAUAUUUCGAUCGCGAAAUUUGAAGUGCUGGAGGAGGAUGAUAUCGUUAACGAGGACCUGGGCGCUAAGAUUACUGCCCUUGAUGUUUGCCCUGCAUCCUACUUGCAGAAUGUGGCUUUUGGAACAAGCCAGGGCAUCGUUAAGGUUUUCGAUAUGCGGAAUACUAGCCGGGCAAUUGCAGUAAAGGACCAUAAUGUUGACUCGGUAAUAACAGAUGUAAAGUUUGCAUGGAUGAAGAAUGAAGUCGAUGAGGAUCCUAAUGUAAUUAUUUCCUCUGACGAUCGAUCAAUUAAAUUAUGGAGGCCUUUGAGUUCGGGUAAAAUAUCUAAUAUGGCCGCGUUCGAUGCACAGGGCAAGAUUAAAAGCCUUUGCGUAUAUCCUAAGACAGGCAUGAUAUUUGUUGCCCAAGAUAAUCCUCGAGUAGGCGUUCAUUUCAUACCUGAUUUGGGUAUUGCGCCAAAGUGGAGUCCGUUUGUUGACCAAUUAAUCGAAGAGAUGAAAGAAACCAGGAAUAACGCUAUGUUUGACGACUUCGAAUUUGUUACCCGCGCCGACUUACUCCGAAUAGGCUCGUCUCCUCAAGAGCUGGCAGGUACCUUGAAACCCCAUCAGCACGGCUACUUGAUUAGUCGAAAAAUAUAUCGCAAGAUACUAGAGAGCAAGAAAGCAAUGAGUGAGGAAGAAAUCAAGACUCUAUUGGUUCAGCAGAAAAUUCAAGAGACUGAAGAAACCAACUUGCUACGGUUACACGUACCCGACAGGAAGCAAAAGUCGACUAAGCUGGACGAACAAUUUGUGUCGCAGCUGCAAGAUCUUACCAAAGUCAAAAAACAGAAGAAAUCAAAGGCUGCCACUGCUGUUCUGUCUGACUCUCGUUUCCGCGGUUUGCUGGAUGCUUGA